AUGAUUAAGGAGAGACUCGGUCACCACCGCGGGGUACACCAUAAGCAGUCGACUGCGUCAAACACGCAAGGAUGUGAAGAGGCACUUAUUGAUACGGUUUCCGUAUCACCAACCUCAAUGACCAGCCUCAAUAUUUCAAGUUCAAGAAAAAACGUACCUUGCCAGAUAUCAAGAGCAUUCGACAAUAUGAGUCAAGGCACACACAGCAAUCGAGAGACUCAUGUAAAGAACAGUGCUAAUGGUCCGUUAAAAAAAACUGAAACGUGGGACGGGAUAGCACCUGAAAAUAAUUAUAAAAAUAAUCUAAAAAGUGAAAUCAUUAAAUGGUUACAAGAAAUACCGAUCUAUCCAAAUUUCGAACCGUCCGCAAAAUUGAUGAGAGAAAAUAUGAUGAAUGAAUUAUUGGAUGAGCUUUAUAAUCUCUCCGUUGAUGUCAAUUGUGGCAAUAAUGAAGAAAAUAUUAGAAAGUGCAUUUAUAUUUUCCUAAAUAAUCUACCCAUGUGGUAUCCGGGAGCGACACGCGAUCAAGAACUGUUUGUUGAAAGAUUAACAGAAAAUUUGUUUCAAAAAAUUAAAUGGAUAAAUGAAAAAACAUUUGUUAAAGAUACUGAUACUGAUUUUGAUAUUAAUGAAAAAAACUCAGAACUUAACAAAAUGGAUUCAUUCGAUGAGAUUGAAGAAAACAUAUCAGAUAUCUUGAUUGAUAAUUUUAAUUCAAUUAAUUCAGAUAAAGAUUUGUAUGCAAAAGUGGAAAUAUGUGACCUUUUACGCAAUAACUACAAUAUAUCUGAACCUCAGGCCUCUAAUAUUGCUGUAUAUUUAGUUAAAAAUGUAAGAUGCGUGACUGAUGAAUUAUAUAAUGCAAUAUAUUCAACUGACAUCAUUCACCAACCAUGUCAUUCUGGAAAUGUUCUCGUCCUUACAUCGGAGCAUGAGAUUGCUGGACCGUCUAAUUAUUCCAUAACAUUACCGUCUAAGCAAAGUCCUAAAAUUAAAAAGGAAAUUUCAAAAUUGAACAUCGAUGAACAAAAGUACAUGAGUAAAGUUGCAACGCUUAUAAGAGCCUGGAUGGAUACAUUACCUGAACAGUUUAGUUAUUCAAAAGAUAAAAACUUUAAAGAAACUAUAAUAUACGAUUUAGCUGGCGAUAUAAUGGAUGAAGUAAAAUUAGAACAAUUCGCACCGCACGCAGAUACAGACAGAGAUAUAAUGAUAAAAUAUUUUGUAUACAAAUGGCUACUUAAGUUCGAUAUUUUGGAAGACUUAGAUGACCCAGAAACGCAUGUAAAUAAUUUUAUGAGGCAUUUAGAGGAAAUACCAGUACCUGUUAUGACUAAACCUCAACACGGAAACAGACAAGUAAUGGAUAAUAUUAAACAUAUGCAAGGAGAGUUAGCUUGGAAAGAAUAUUUUGUACCAAAAGGCAUAGAUAUUUUGGAAGAUGAAAUUUCUAUCUGGAUGAAUGAACAACCAUCUAGUAUUUAUAUAAAUAAAAAUAAAGAUCAUCAAAAUAAAGCUAUACAUGAGUUAGCUGAAAUUUUACAGGUAAAACUGAAAAAUAAGUGUCCAGAAACUGAAAUAACUCAAGAAGUAACUAAAUGGCUUAAUAAUGUAAUAGUCCUGAAAAAGAAAAUAAACAUCGAUAUAUUGACUGACCAGCUGAAAGAGAGGAUAAUAAAGUUACCACAAGAUGCUACCUUAGCGGCCUCACUAGAUAAAAAAUUGAAGCAAGAUGCUGAAGUAGUUCAACCAAAUAUCACAAAUCAAAACAAAGACAAAACAGAUGUUCGAGAUGCGUCAAAAUACAAUGAAGAUCUUGAUAAAACAUUGUUACAAUUAAUAGAUAAAUACAUAGAACAUAAUUAUAACGCAGAAGAUGCUAUGGCUAAAGGAGCAUUUUGUGAACUACUAAAAUCUGAAUUUAGAAAAUUAAGCCCACCAACCAGAAAACAAUUAUAUAAAAAAAUCGAAAAUACAAAAUCACAUAAAGAUUAUCAUUUAAAACAAUUGGAUAAAGAAUUGCUGUACAUUAAAAUAAUAUCUGAUUGGUUAAAGAAUAUACCAAUAAAUCAUUCUUAUAAUACACCUGGAAAUAAACAGCGAAUCGAAUUUGUAAAUAAUUUGGCUGAAAAUAUAUAUAAAAUUGAAAUGGAUAGACUAGCGGCACCUACUGCAAUGGACUAUAAUGUGUAUUUAGCUUCAAUCAUAAAUCAGUAUAUAGAACAAUUACCUAUUCUACCCGAACAUGUAAGUAAUAUUACACUAAUAGUAAAUCAAUUAAUUUCAAAAAUAGUUGAAACCCGGUCAUCGACAGAUUGCCAAAAUAUUAGACGAAGAAACUCUUCUAUUGACGAUAAAUUAGAAGAACAAAAUUUAGAGGAAUUCAUAGAGCAAUAUAUCCAUAUAAAUAGUAAGAAUAUUGCUGAUGAUCAAGUUAAAUUAGAUGCUUGGACAAAAAGAGUACUACAAGAGAUAAAAACAAUUGUACAAAAUAGUACAGAUCCAACAGCGUUAUGUAAAGCUGAGAUAUAUAAUAAGUUAAGUGAGAUUCAUAUACCUGAAGACGAAAUAAUUAGCAAUUUUAAUCAAGAGUUGACUUAUGCAAAAGAAAUCUCUGAUUGGCUUAAUAAUUUGCCAUUACUAUCCAUUAAAAAUUCAAAAGACAGAGAUUCGAGGAUUAAAAUGAUCACUGAACUAGCAGAAAAAAUAUCAGAAAUUGUUAAAAAGAAAACUAAUAAUAUUGAUCAAGUACCAGAAUAUAACACUGAGUUAGAGAAUUUCAUUACAAAGUGGAUAUUAGAACUUCCUCUUAAUACGAAAACACAGUUUUCUACGCCAGUAGUAAUACAACAACUUAUGAAAAGAAUUGAUAAAGACAUUAAUAAACAACCUACAGAUAAUGUACUACAAACGAAAAAUAAAAGUAAUCGUAGUAGUCUGAUUAAAAAAAGUACUAAAACUAAACCUCAAACUAAAAGCCUUAAAAAUGUAUCAGUGUCAAGUCAGGAUCUGAAAAAUAAAAAUGCAGGCACGUUAAUUAUGGAAGCGAUUGAAAAUUGGUGUCGUGAUUUGCCAAUUGCAGAGGAUAAUAAAGAUACUGUUAAGACCAUUAAAGAUGAUAUAGCAAAACAGUUGUUCCAAAGAGUUGGGGAUUUAAAUCUAGAUCCAAGAUUUUGUAACGAUGACUUGUUAUAUCAAGACAUAUUAAGUGAUGAAAUCGAUACAGUAUUGGAAAAUUUACCCAGAAACCCUGAUCUACUGAAUAACUGGGAGGAUAUCAAGACAAGACUGAUUCGAAACGUUAUGGAUGCAAAGACAAUCAUUAAAGAAAAAUCUAGUGGCGAAAAUUAUAAACAAAAACUAGCACAUGCUGUUGAAGCAUCAAUACCGAUUCCAAUACAAAACAAACAAAAUCAUGAUCCAGGUUUCGAAUUAUAUAAGAAUCACUUAGUUAAUAUGUUUAUAUUGGAAAAUUUUGAUCAUGGAAAUGGCAUGGAAAAAUUAAAAUAUGAAAUGAAAAUAAAGGAUGAAAUUGAUAAGCUUUCCUUCGAAGCUCAGAAAAGAAACGCCGUAUCCAUAAAUAGAGAUCAAUUGUAUAAUGAACUUUACAGUGCUUUGUUUAAAGUUCCGAUUCCUGAUGAACGUUCUGUUAUUAAAGAAAUAGAAAAAAUUAAGACAAAGUAUGUAAUUGAGGACUGGUUUAAAAGUGUGCCUUUAAAAAAAGUUACUUCUUUUGAUGAACUUUUACAAUGGGAUCAAAUAUUGUCUAUGUUAGCAAAGAGAAUACACGAAAUAGAAAAUAAUGAAUCUACGCCAGAUAUAAAGAUACAAAAAGAAAUAAGUAAAUGGUUGUAUAGACUGCCUAUAAAUUCGGAACACAGUAUGAAUAUGGAAGAGUAUAUAAAUCAAUUACAGACAACACUUAAAAAUACUAAAGAUAACAGAAAAUAUGUAGGUAAAUUACAAGGUAAUGAUAGACUCAAAAAUCAAACAGUACAAAAAAAAUCUAAAACUAAAGGUAUUUUAGGAACAAGUCAAAUUGCAGGCCCCAGUAGUGCAGGUCAAAUAUGGAGAAGUCCAACAACCUCAACAAAACAACCUUGUUGUCAAAAACAGCUUUCAAAGAAAAAACCAGCGGAUCUUAUUUUAGAAAUAGUUGAAAACUGGUGCGCUGAUCUACCUUUAAAUGUGAAUGGUGCUCAAAUAAAUAUAAAUAUAAAUGAAAUAAAAGAUGACCUUGUCACGAAAAUUGUUAUUAUAAUUAGUGAACUUAACGCCGACCCUAAAACUUUCAAUGAUGAUUUAUUAUUUGACAAUUUAUUUGAUAACGAACUAGAAAAUAUAUUAUCUACUCUCCCAGUAUGUUGCACAUUUCAAAAAAGUAAAGAAGUUAGAAAAUUUCAAUUAAUGGAAGCUCUUAACACUGUUAAACCUCUUAUUAAAGCAGAAAGAGCCCGCCAUGAAUACAAAGAAGAACUUAAACGUACUAUAUCUAUCAUACUAGACGAGCCUCAAAAUACAACUGCUGAUAAAUUAGCUCUGUUCAAUGAUCUUAAAGAAGAAAUUGUUAACAAUUUUAUUCAGUAUAAUUAUAAAAGAGAUAAUAUUGAAGAGAAACAAAUAUAUAAAUAUAAGGUGGAUGAUGCUUUACUGAAAUAUAUUCUAGAUAUAGCUAAUAAAAAAGAAGGACAACCCGUUGAUCCUAUGAUUAUACGAAAUCAAUUAUUAUGUGAAUUAGCAAAAACACCAAUACCUAAUGAAGACGCCAUUAGGGAAAUAGUUGAAGAAAUAAAUAUGAAAAAUGCUGUUGAAGAAUUCUUAAAUCAAUCUUUACCUGCAGAUAAAAUAGAGAAUAGACACUUAAAAAAGCAAGUAGAGUCCAGUUUAGCAAAACGAUUACAUGAAAUAGAAAAAAGUGGACACAACUGCGCCAAUGAUAAGAAAAUAAAAGAAGAGAUAGUAAGAUCCUUAAGAAAACUAAUUAGAGAAAUUGAUGAAAAAAAUGUUGAAGAAUUUGUGAGAAAACUUAAAGACAAUGAAUUAGAUAGAAAAGCGUCUCCAAUAAAAAAACCCGACUCUUUCAAUGACUCGAUAAAUAUGACUGAAAUGCUUCGUCAUCACAGCUAUUCAAAUUAUGAGGGCAGUUUCAAAACUUUACGGAGUGAUGAUAUUUCAGCUCCUCCUGGCCAGUUAUUUUCUCAUGUUCCCGUAGGACUACCUCAGUACAGCGAAGAAUGGUUGUCAUUAGAACGCACAACCGGUAAUGCUCUAAAAGCCGCACAAGGAAUGACAUGUAAAGAAGUUUGCAACACUGUAGCAGAACAAAAUGCUCAAUUACCUCAUAUUUCUAAAGUUAUUCAACCUUCGCCAACAGAUCAAAUCAAUAUUUCAAUACCUUUUCCACAAGCACAGAGUUCUGCCAAAAAUAUAAAACAAGUUGGACAUAACUACACUAAAGAUAAUGUGCAAGAGGAAGUAGUUAGAUCACUAAGAAAAUUCGACAGUGGAAAUGCAAAAGACGUUAAAGCUUUUGUGAGUAAAUGCAAAGACAAUAACUCGGAUAGAAAAUCAUCUCCUGAUGGCGUAUCAAAUAUAACUGACAUACUUCGUCAACACGGCUAUUCAGGUUAUAAAGGCAGUUUUGGAAGUUCAAAAAGUGGAAAAUAUCUGACUGUGCCAUCGACAUUCCCUCACGGUCCUGCAAAACCACAUCACUACAGCGAGGAAUGGUUAUCGUUGCAACGCACAUCGGGUAAUGCGCUAAAACCAUCACACCAAAUGACAUGUAAUAAAGUUUGCAAUACUGUAAGAGAUCAAAACACCCAAUUACCUCACAUUUCUAAUGACAUUCAACCUUCGGUAACAUACCAAAUUUAUGUUCCUAUAUCUGUACCAAAAACUUCUACCGCGAGGGAAUCUAUGACCAAUCAGAUGAUAAAUUCAAAUCAUAUCGAAACAGAUAGAUUUGAUCAGGCGACUGGUUAUAUUCCUAUUCCAACCCAAAAUGUGCCUGUUUCGUGUCGAAACAGAUCUCCAGUCGAAAGAAAAACUGUCGGAAUUCAAAUAACAAACGCUGCCCCUCCAAUAAAUUUAAGAGCUGUGAACCAAACUCCAAUAAGUUCAAGAGCCACAUCUUGCCCGAUGACAUCCAGUAUUCCUGACCUUUCACCUGACAUUUCACCUGCGAAUGCUCACAAUUUAAGGUCAAGAACUUUAGCAGCGACACCGGGUUUGACACAUUCAUCACAAAGAAGAACAGCAAGAAGUACUCCAAACUUCGAAGACAGAGAAAAUUCUAUUUGCGACUGCACUGGUUCAGGGCAGCGAAGAAGAAAAUGCUUCAUGCCAAGGUGUUGGGACGAUUUCGGCCCUAUGUGUUGGAGAGUUCCACAUCCUGGUCCAUGUUUCUUUUAUUAUUAA